AUGCGCGGGCUGGUGGCGCUGCUGGCGGCGCUGAGCUGCGCGGCCCCGGCGGGGCGGGCGGCGGCUCCCGGGGGCGGCCUCAGCUCCAACGCCAUCAAGGGACCCCCGGGGGGGGCCGAGGCCAGCGCCGCCCCCGCACCCCCCUUCGACGGCAGCAACAAGGCACCGCCGGCCGCCACCCGGCAGCCUUUCCCGUGCGCCGAGGACGAGGACUGCGGCCCCGAGGAGUUCUGCGGGGGGGCGGCCCGCGGCGGGGCUCCGCUGUGCCUCUCCUGCCGGAGGCGCCGCAAGCGCUGCCUGCGCGAUGCCAUGUGCUGCCCCGGCAUGACCUGCAGCAACGGUCUCUGCACCCCUCCGGAACCUCCCCACGGAGCCGCCGAGCUGGAGGAGCCCGGCACUGAGACUCUGCCCCGACGGACACCCGCUCCCGCCUGGAUCCCCACGACCAAAGGCGAGGAGGGCGAUCUGUGCCUGCGCUCGUCGGACUGCGCGGCCGGGCUGUGCUGCGCCCGCCACUUCUGGUCCAAGAUGUGCAAGCCGGUGCUGCGGGAGGGGCAGGUGUGUACCCGGCACCGGCGGAAAGGCUCCCACGGGCUGGAGAUCUUCCAGCGCUGCCACUGUGCCGAGGGCCUGGCGUGUCGCCUGCAGCGGGAGCUCGGCCCCGGGGACACGUCCCGCCUGCACACCUGCCAGCGGCACUGACACGGACACACGGACACACGGACACACGGACACACGGACACACGGACACCGGCACGCAGCCCGGCCCCGCCGGGACAGACUCCGGCCCCGCCGGAGGGAAGGUUGUUUCUCAAGGGAACUACUUUAAAGCGACUUUCUUGCAGUACGUUACUGUGUUGUGAAUACUGAGCUGGCACUUAGCGCUGUACAGAACGCCGGGACUGGCCGGGUUUUUUUUUCCCCGGGGGCGCUGCCUCGUGCUCUCCGAGGGACUGAGACUUUGUACACACUGGGUUUUUAAUCCCGGCUCAAAGGGAUGCCACCGUCUGUUUGCGAGCGAAUAAACUCCUCUUUCAAACCA